CAUCUCUACUAAACCCUAGAUUUUCUUAUCCAAUUUUCAGAAACAAAAAUGCCUCUUAUCCCAGAAGAGCCUUUGCUCGCCUCUAACCCAGAUCGAUUCUGUAUGUUCCCAAUUCAGUAUCCACAGAUUUGGGAAAUGUACAAGAAAGCCAUGGCAUCUUUCUGGACGGUAGAAGAAGUCGAUCUAUCUUCUGAUAAUCGUCACUGGGAAAACCUAACAUCCGGUGAAAGACAUUUCAUCACUCAUGUGCUUGCCUUCUUUGCCGCCUCAGACGGCAUCGUUUUAGAGAACCUCGCUGGAAGGUUCAUGAAAGAUGUCCAGGUUGCUGAGGCGCGUGCUUUCUAUGGGUUCCAAAUCGCCAUUGAGAAUAUCCAUUCCGAGAUGUACAGUUUGCUGUUGGAGUCGUACAUAAAGGAUUCUGACGAAAAGAGCAAAUUGUUCCGUGCAAUCGAGACCAUCCCUUGUGUUGAAAAGAAGGCGAAAUGGGCCCUUCGUUGGAUCGAUGGUUCCGAAACCUUCGCGGAGCGCUUGGUGGCUUUUGCUUGUGUUGAAGGGAUUUUCUUCAGCGGAAGCUUCUGUUCGAUAUUUUGGUUGAAAAAACGGGGGUUAAUGCCUGGAUUAACCUUCUCAAAUGAGUUAAUUUCAAGAGACGAAGGUUUGCACUGUGAUUUUGCGUGUUUGCUUUACAGUUUGCUAAGGACGAAGCUAACUGAGGAGCGAGUCAGGGGAAUUAUUGCAGAUGCUGUGGAGAUAGAAAGGGAGUUCGUGUGUGAUGCUCUUCCUUGUGCUCUGGUGGGGAUGAAUGGAGAUUUGAUGAGUAAAUACAUAGAAUUUGUCGCUGAUAGAUUGUUGGAUGCUUUGGGUUAUGACAAGAUGUACAAUGCUCAGAAUCCAUUUGAUUGGAUGGAGCUGAUUAGCUUACAAGGGAAGACUAAUUUCUUUGAGAAGAGAGUUGGGGAGUAUCAGAAGGCCUCUGUUAUGUCCAGUUUGAAUGGUAAUGGUGAUACCCAUGAAUUCAAGCUGGAUGAGGACUUCUAAAUUUAGUAUUCUAGCUUCUUUUUCUUAUUUUUUUAAAAAUAUCUUGGUAUAAUUAGAUUUAUGUUCUUCAGUUAUAUAA